AUCAAGGGUCUGACGCCACUUUGAACUAAGAAAAAGGACAGCCAUCUAAUUAUUGGACAUAAGGCUAAGGACAGUUUCUGAAUGAGUUAGACUAAAGACACAAGAAGAUAGUCUUCAAUAUUCAUUGUUAUAGUGUAAAACAGGACAAUGAAUUGUUCAUAUUACAAUCUUAGCUUCUUUGUUUUGCUUCUGUUUGUAACAAACGGUGUUUAUUGCAAACACAAAGAAAGGCGAAAGAAACAAAAAGAGUCUCAGAGGAAGGAUGUGCACUUUUUUAACGUCAAGCCGUCACACAUGCUUAGACAUCUGCAUAUGAAGCAAGAGACUCUCCACACGAGUCACCAUAAGAACAACAACCAUCAACAACAUCAUGGGAAGUUACACGCAGGUAAGUAAACGUUUGGGUGGGUGCCUCUUGCGAAAUUCAUCUUCAGUUAGUGUGCUACAAGAUAGUACAGUUAAUUCUCAGAUUUUAUAAUUUAGUACCAUUGCUCAGCAUACGGGUGGAAUAUUUACUCUGUUAUACUAGAUGUCAGGUGAUCCUUUACCACGUUUUAUUAUAUAGACACGAGUGUUUUACUGGAAAAUAUACCUCUCGUAAACUUCAUAAAAACUACAUCCGGGACCCGAGUGGUUUAUUUUCCAUAAUCUCACACGUGAGUAUAUACAUGACGUAAUUUCGGUAAUUUCCCUCUAUUAUUUUAUCGAUGUCUUUUUGUCUAUAUAAUAAAGAGAACAUUACACGGCGGCUUGAAGAUAUGAAUUUUAUUUUCUCAUGGCAAAAACAAUAUUUUAUAUUGUUUUGCCACUCGAGAAAAAAAUUCAUAUCUUCGCGCCACCGUGUAAUAUCAUCUAUAUAUUGCACUAGAGUUUUUCUUGAUGGCAAAAAUUACGUUUCAAAAGGAAACAUAACUUAAAUCCUGAUAAGCUCAGUUGAAGGGACUCCGCCGGGCGCCACCUUUUCUGCUGAAUGGUAGGUCGUGAGAGUUCAAAUCCUGUCCGUACCAUCAAACAGGCUUACAAAAAGUGAUAAGAAAGUGCUAGCCGUGUUGAAAACCUUGUCUCAGGUCAGAUGAUCGCUCUAGGGCGGUGACGUUUAUAUCCCGUUGACCUUGCAUCCUUAGUCCUUACACAUUGAUUAGAGAGAUCAUUAGAAGGAGACGUAUGGGAACCCAUGACGUUGUUCGAAAGAGUAGGAGGGGGGUAGAUCCUCUUGGCAUGGAUCACUGACUUGCCCGUUGACGCACGUGCUGUUAGAAAGAGUACUUAUAUCGUAACUAGGCCGCCGGGUGUGAUUUGAACAUGCGUGCAUGCUAUUCAAUGUCUGCAGGCAAAUCAGGCACUUCUUAAGGCCUGAUGUGCCGCUGAUUAGUGGACGGUUUUGAACGAUCGCGCGAUAAGAAAACUGAAUGCAAGUGACUAUUUACGGCAUAUAAAGGGCGAUUUUUCAAUAAUUUUCAUGUUUUAUGUUGCAGCAACAAACAUAAUUUCGUUAAUUAAUUCUUUUGGAAUACGCGUUUUAAAACCUUUUGAUUUUCUCUAGACUACCACCACCCAGCAGGCCUCAAAUGCCGCCGAGUCAAAUUCAUAGUCAAUCGCAAUCUCCAUUUGAAAAAGAAAGCCACGGAAACCUUGAAAAAACGAGUUCACUUGAAACGUACGGGGACCAAACUGCACAAGAAGUUCCUCAGUGGUGUGCAUGCAAAGAGGUUCCGACUGUAAGUAGAUGCCAGUGUCAGAUCAAUAUGUUUCAUACAACGGUGUUAAGUACGUCAUUUGCUGUCCAAAAACCAGUUAUGGAUUCAGAGCUUCAAGAAAGUGGGGGCCCGCUUAUCCAGACACUGACAAAAAAUAGCCCCUGAGGCGGCUUACCAACCACCCGGGGUGAAAUCUUGAUCAUAAACAUGAAGGUAUAAAAUUUAACGUGGUGGGAGAACAACCCACUACAAAGCAUACAAAUCAGUCAGCAGGGGAAGAUUAAACAGAUAGAGCAACUAAAGCUUCCCGCAAAAAGAAUUGUACGAAGCAUUUGAUUUUCCAGCCAGAAUUUCCAGUUUUUCCAUGAAAAUGCAACGUAUUCUUUGUUAAAAAGUGAUUUUGCUUUACCCUGCGAGCUUCAGUUUGGCCUAAAAGUAAGCUGGGGUCGAGCCCCACGAGCCUCUCCCACAGAUCCGCCAAUGCAAAAUGAAUUUACACUCGGGCGGGAUGUCAGAAGACUUUUUGUUCCUUUUUUAGAGGAUGUGUAGUGCGGUUUCGGGUCACCAUUCAUUUUAGUGGUUUCAAAAUGACUCUUGUAUUUGCCUUCUUGCAGACCUAAAGAAGUAAAACUUUUCGAAGAUAAGGAUGGUAACUUGGCAACUUAUAUUGAAGACUGUGUUUCUUCUGGUAAGUUUCUACAAAUCUACCUACCGGUAAUUGCUUUAAUGUAAAUGGCAUAUUAGAUUUUAUCAAAGGAACUUCUAGAUCGGCACUUUCAUGAAUAUUGUCUGGAAAGUCUCCACAGUCUCUGCGGCGAUUUUAUACUCUAACAAAGUGUGGACUUUAACAUGUCUUCUUCAAUUCAUAUAUGGAUGAUGUAUGCACACUGAUUUAAACUAUUCCUGUUCAACUGUGCCGUUAAGUUUUCAAAGUCACAAUUUUUACGCCAGUGUACACUGCCUAAUAAAAUUUGCUAUUUUCUUUGGAGAACGUUCAUCGAAGAAGAAUUUUUUCGAAAGUGGCCAGGAGGAGCUGUCUAUUGGUAUGUUUUACAAUUGUUUCGAUGUGGUGCUGUCAGUAUGCUUAUGUUAGUGAAAGCCUUAAUUUAAAAUUCUUCCACUGGAAACCAUGCACAGUUACACACUACCGCGAAAUUUUGAGGCCUUUAUAUGGCUGUACCAAUAAACUAUAAUCGUGUAGGAGAUUUGGCGGAAUUCAUUCAGGUCCUUGAAGUAGUUGAAACUAUUGAAUAAAAUGCGAUGAAUAAAUCUCUUCUUGGAAGAAUAUCUAAUUGUACUUUUUUGCUAGAGCAAAUGCUGUCCGGGUUUGAAGUACAGUUGUCUGUUUUAUUGACUUUUGGCUCAUUGCAUCCCAUCCGAUAGCUCCUGCCUUUGAAGAUGACAAAAACACGCUUCAAAGUCAAUCAUCAGAAGAUAGCGGUAAGUGUCAGAAAAUGAUAAUUUUUGAAGGCUUUUAAUCAUCCCCUCUUCUCUCGAGAGCUGGAUUUAUCAAAUAACCUACAGCAUGAAAGGACUCAGCUUAGAAUUGGAAUCUUUCACCAGUGUUUCAAGAGCCUGUAGGAUCUUGAUCACGAUUUUCAGUUAGGAAACGUCAGUUUACCUGUGGGGAAAGGGAGGGUGGGGGCAUAAGGAGAGUAAAGAGCCUUUUUCGGGCUUUCGUUCUCUGAAGCUGAAAAAUAAAGGGAAAAAAGGCGGUGUCAUCGGUUACGGGCUGGCUGUGUGAUGUGUUGAACUAAAAUGCUCGUAAGAAAAAGGUAAUUAACUGCAAAACUCAAAGUAUAUGCUGAAAGAUCAGGGCGAACCGCAAAGAACAACCUAAUCAACCAAUGAGCGAAAGGCCAAGGCUAAAUUUUAAAAAUGAUCUUUUUUUGGAGUUGAUCUGCUGACAAUUUAGUAUUAAGUGAACAUGACCUGGUUCUUGCAGUAGUGAAACAUGAUGACACCUCUGAAUCUAUGGAAAAUGGCAUCAGCGAAGAUGGAAUUCUUCCUGCCUCUGAAGGUAUUGUACACAAAAGCUAUCUGACUUUAAAAACAAUCUCCUUCACAUAUGGUAUUACAGAGAUCAGGCGUAACUUGCUUUCUUGAAUCACGUCUUACGUUCACGGACAUCAAAACAACCUUAUUGAUAUAUUAUAAGUGAGAAAGAAAGGAAGUUUUCCUAGUUUUGUCAUAAUGGAAUGGUUUUGAAACCCGCCAUAUACACAAUAUAUAUGUUAUAUGUUUUUUUGUUGACGGUGCACAAAGGUUAGAUACGUAUCAUGUUCUACCUAAUACUGAUCAAUAAAAGCGUUCCAUUAAUUCAUUACGUCACAAUUUGUAAACAAAAAACAAUCAUAUGGCUAUACCGUCAGGCAGCUCCUAACAUAAACUGGAACACUGUAGUUUUUAUCUUUAAUGUUUGCCGUUUUUCACUAACUGAAGUUUUAUCCUGUCAGCUAUAUCUCAUGUCGUAAUAUACAAUUUCCUUUGGAUCAAGCGUUAUCUCAGUCCUUGUUUAUCGUUAACAGCGGAGUAUAAGACAUGUCAAGUAGACUAAAGUAAUAGAAGCAAAUUACAGCUGAAGUUAGUUGUAAAGCAGUAAGAACUAUCUAGCACAAAGUUGGAAAUAAACUUCCGUGUCUUUCUUUUGAUAGAUUCCUUGCUACAAUCUGUGUCUGAUUCAACGGAAAUACUAAAAACCAACGCAGACAAGGAAGGUAAAGGAGAAUUGAUCAGUUAUGGCGCAAAAAAAAAAACAAUGAAAAAAAUAACGAUAGAAGCUUUAUGUGAAUAAGAGUCAAAAGUUAAUUAUCCUCACUUAGCUCAAAAGUUUUGAAAGUUAGUAGGUCAGUCACAGGAAUUACAGAGAGAUUUCAGUCGUCUUAAAUGUGGAUUUUAACCUGAAUGAAAUUAAUUCCUAUGGUUGAUUUCUUAAAGAAUCUCAGUUUUUUAAUGAUGAGCACGGUGAGAAAGAAGAUCCUUCUGCCUUUGGUGAGUGAAAAAUACUUAUAAUUAAUUAAAAGGUUCCGAGUACUAAGCAGCGUCCCUAAAAGUCUCCAGAGACAAGAUUUGCAGGUACUGUAGAGUUUGUUGUUUGUAUCUAAGCCGCAAAUUAAAAGCCUGGUUGUAUUUAUUCCUGAUCCUGAUCACCACAUCAUCAUGAAUUUUUUUUUUCACAAAUACAGUAAACAAACAUCAGAUCAAAGACUUCUGACUUUUGUUCUCGCUUUCGAUUCCUCUCAGUUCUCGCUCUGUCAGGUUUUUUUUCCAUUUGUACGUGCGCUUUUGCAUCUCCGCGACCUGUGGCAAGUCUCAAUUCUUUAAUCAUCUUUGUUAUUUAAAACUGAGCAGCCGAAAAUGAUUUUAAUUACUGAUUAUGUCUGAGUGAUGAUGAGUAAUAUCUACAUGCGAUUUGGACCGGUUGCCGUUCUUCUUUCUUUUCUUCCAGCUGGUGUAUUUGAACCUGAGACUCUAAGCAACCCUAUUCCCAAGAAGGCCGCUGAAGAGGCAACUGGUAAGUGCUAAUACAUGAUUCUGAUACAAAGAAACCUUGAUAAAAGAGUCUUUGCCUAACAACUUGUCACAAAACGCACUCUGAGUGUCAAUGUAUAUAACACGAAAGUACUUAUUGAAGACUCCAUUUUUACGUCUCCUGCUGGAGACGGGACCGCAAUUUUAUCGUGUGGUCAUCGAAUGAACGCGACGGAUCUAGCCGUUUGAGGGCAAAGGAAGUACCUUCAUUUCUCAGUUAUAAACCCCGCGACCUCAUCCCACUUUGCAGUGAAGAGCUCUACCGACUGAGCUAGUCCUGCCGCGGUAAGAAAAGUGUUAAGGAACUGUCAGGUUGUCGGGGCUGCGUUUGAUAAGCGUUAAACGUUAUAGCCUCUAUCACCCACAACAGCUCGCUUUAUAAAGAGUCUUGUAGCACGAAUUCGGGGACAAGAUUUGACUUAAGCCUUUUUCGGAAAAUAGCUACCCCGGAAAGCUUCAUUUUACAAUUUUACACUAGAAAAGUCAAUACGGUUAUUUUUGUUGAGGAUGGUUAAGCCCUUUCCUGGCUGGUAAAGGGUAACACUUUCCCAAUUCGAUGGCAUGUUUCCACCCCUAAGACAUUCUGAGACCGUUCUCCUCAAGGAAAUUUCUCAAGUCUUCCCGACAUCAAAUACUUACGUGACAGUGAAAAAGAGAUGGUUCGCCUCUUCCCUACCCGAAUUCUACAGUGAAUGUUGCACCACUACCUGUAGCUAGGAAACAAUAAACACCUUAAAGUUGAAUGGAGGUUUAAGGGGAUGUAAGGGGUUAAGACUAUCGUGUUCUCUGAUUAUGUACCGCAUUUGGUAACAGCAAGCGAUUGAAGAGGUAUACGACGCCUCAUGAUAAUUGGAUGAUAUUUCAUAUUUUCAGAGAUGCAGCGGUAUUUCUCCUCAACAGGAUUAAAUAACCUUCCUCAGUUCCCAAACAGUGUAGGUAAGAUAUAGUUAUAAUCAGCAAAUAACAUGGAUCUGUCGACAGACACUGUUCAUGCUAAGAAUGACCUAAGGUUUAGCAAUGCCAUGAAUCUGAGUUUGAUGCAAGACUACGGAGUUCAAUGCACAUUUUCUAAGAAACACCUUGUGCUUGUUUUCAUCACCGACACGCAUUAGAGACAAAAAUCAAAACCAUUGAAUAAACGAAGUCAGAGGAGAAGAGGGAACAUAAGUUUGUAACCACGGCUUGAUUCGUGAGUUAUGGAAUAAUGAGGUUGAACGGCUCCGUGUUUUACUUGCUAGCAAACUGCAAUAUCUAUGUAAUGAAGUGGUUUUUGCUCAUGCAUUUUUGUACAAUUUGCACGGCUGUUAUAGCUGUAAGAAUCACGUAAAAAGGAGGAAAUAUCAGAUACCGUUUAUACUUGAGAACCAGGUGUGGUAAUAUCGUAUAAAUUUGGGAUCAAUUAACUGUUAACAUGUUUGAAUCACUUUAGAUAUGACGCCUUAUUCACAUCCACCAGUACACAAUGCAGAGUCGGCUCGGCAUGUUAAUCAACCGCCACUGACCUCUUCAGGUUUUUUUUUUUUUACAAUAAUUGUGAUAAUUUAAAGAUAAAUUAUUCAUAAAAAGUGAGGUAUGAAGUUUUCAGAUGCGCAUUUCAUCAAUUAAGUUGUCUUGAAAAAAACUGGAUACUAAUUAAAUUCAUUAACAUAAAAAAAUUAAUAAACUGUGUAAGGUUAUUGACAUAAAUUGUUAGAUAAAAAGUAAAACAUCCUAAAGUGCCUAUAUAUCUAUUAAAGUCAAAAAGUUACAAAAUCAGUUUGUAAAUCUAAUUACUGUUAAUUAAUACAUAUAAACGAUUUCAAAAUAAUUGUGUUUUAUGAAAGAUUUAAAAGUUAACUGCUAGUCAAUGAAGAGAGUGGUGGAAUAUUAACUCUUGCUAUUGAUUGAUUUGUUCAGUACAUCGUAAACGCACUUGUGUUUUGUUAAGAAGAGUAUGGCCUUACCAGUGUGCAAACUUAAAUUUCCCGACUCUGGCGUUUACAUACAUUCUAGUGAGGCUAGUGAAGACACUAAAAAUGAUCACGUGUGAGCCGCAAGUAUAACAGGAGCUGAUGCUUAUAUAAGGAAGCUUUUUAAAACAAAAGACGUUUUUGAGCGACGCAUGUCAGCCGGAUGGGUGUGGUCUUUUCUCUUAUGGAGACGAUUUGCUCAAAAAUGUGGGCAAAACCACUGCCCAAAAUGAUCACGUGUGAGCCGCUAGUAUAACAGGAGCUGAUGCAUAUAUAAGGAAGCUUUUUAAGACGUUUUUGCGCGACGCAUGUCAGCCGGAUGGGUGUGGUCUUUUCUCUUAUGGAGACGAUUUGCUCAAAAAUGUGGGCAAAACCACUGCCCAAGAAAAGUCCACUUCUGGAUGACCUACGUCGCUCAAAAAACAUCUUUGCUUAAGCUGCCUGUAGCCUCCAUCUUUCCUUGUUUUUACUUAAUUCAUUCAUCAAAGAAACACUACACGCCUGUUAAGGCCCCCGAUCAAACUCUCGAUUUGUGUACAGUGCCCUCGCUUUAAGUGCAUUUAAUGUUGCCAGAUUGCAAGACACGGUCACUAAAAUCAAGAGAUGAUUAUGUGAUGUUUAAAAAUAAAGAACAAACAAUGAAAUUCAAUUGUUAUUGUAGACAUAAGUGAUGUAAGAAACUCAGCCCCUCUUGGACAAGACGUUUCGCAAGGUAAUAUAAUUUUAUUGUUUAGUUCGCGAGAGUUUCAGUUUCAUUUUGACGCAAGCGAAAUGUUUAUGGUGCAUGCAUUCGUUUAAAGGGUAGUAAAAAACAAACAAACAAGCAAGCCACACGCACAUGAUUUUCAAGUAUUCUUGAUAUCAGUGGCCAGACAAUUUCUCUUUUUAACCUUUAUGACAAGCCCCCGAAAAUGAAAAUGCAACGAUAUGGUAAAAUAAACAGCAGACAAAUUAAUAUCUGCAGUCAAAACAUAAUUUCACCAGGAACUCAAAUUGUCUUGGUAUCGAUUUUGCUCGCUGCGGAGACCCAACCAUUUACUCUUCCUCAAUCUUCAUACCGCUGAGACGAAAAUAAUUUGGAGCCAGUGCUGAAUGUAAGAAUUGGGAGACAGAUAAACUUCGUCAGUCAAUUUACUUUAAAAAUGAAAAUAGAAAAGUUAUUCUCAUUUUAUUUUCUAAUUUUAGGAAGCUUUGAAAAUCCUCUUAAAGGCCCAGGUAGGCACUCAGAAGGUGAAAAAGACGGGGGGACAUGAAUCAUUAUUAGAGUUAAAUGAAGUAGUUAGUGAACAUUAUGGUGAUGAGCCAUAAGGAUGUAGAUGUUGCCGGAAAUAGAAAGGUCAUAAAGACACAGUGCCGCUUGUGGAUGGUAAUAACGUUCACGGAUUAUGAUAAUUCAUCAAGGAUAACGGACGACAUUGAAUAGUUUAAUUACACUGAAGUUGCUCGUUAUGCUGUAAAAAAGUAGCAUAAUAUAUCAAUCCUUUCUUUAAUAUUUCCAGACAUAUCUCAAGCCCGAUUCAUUGGAAAUGCUGACGAACAAGGCGUUGGUGAGGUUCACAAUAAAUAAUUUAUUAAUUACGUAUUAUUUAUCUUUUCAAUAACAGGCGCUGAGGAGCACAGUAAUUAUAUAUAACUAUUAAUACAACUAAUAAAUAUUUUAGUACACAAAGUAAUUUUCUACGGUUUGGGGGCGCAAAACCAACAGUAAUUAGAGACCAGGCAAUAGAUUCCAUGAUUAAGUCGAUGGUGAUACAAAAUCAGGUAGAAGUGAAUUACAACUGGUGUUUGCUUUCAUAUUCGGCUUCUGUGAAGGUUUUUUUUGUUUAAGAGAACACCAGCCACUGGAAGUCUAUUUGCACUACAUAUUCAGGCAGGCGUCCUUCCAAAAGGAUACAUUUUUUAGGCUUGAAGUAUAUGAAAGGGUAAAGAUUUCAUGAAUUGAAGUAUUUAAAUGAGUAGGGAAAUCCAUGAUUUGGGUCUGGAUGCGAAAAAGUCUCAAAGACGUCCUGGUUAUUGAUCUUUAAAAGACUGUACAGUGCAUCUACAUCAUUUAGAAGGGAUGCAGUGAGUGUUCUAAACUAGGUUUGUGAAGUAAUUGUUGGUUUUCACAUGACGUCACUAAAAUUCAAACUACAAAACUAUCGAUCCUACAGAGAUUUUACUUUCAUUAUGUAUUAGAGCAGCUGAAAACUAAUUUUCAUACAAAUUUUCGCUUCAAAGGGGUUCUUAGUUUUGUGAUAGUCAAGAGUACGCUUGAAUUUCUAAGCUUUUGCGUGACGUGGCACUUAUAUGACGGCCGAGAGACCUGUCAUGUAAGUUUAAAAAGUGACGUAUUUCGGGGAAUUUUGCAAUCUAAACAGUUCAUGGAUUAGAAAAAGAAUUACCUUUAAUGUUUACGAGUUCCUCGAGGAAUAAAUACACGCUUUUUAUCAAAACUCGGUAACAGAUGUUUUUGUUGGUUUCCGUCCGCCAUGUUGGUGCCCAUCCAGGUGGGCAACAGCAUGGCGUCUCCAUAAAAAUCUCUAUAAAUUUGGGUAAAACAUUUCCUACGGAUAUCUCGUAUACGGGAUAUUCUUCUGGCCUGAAUCUUGACAAGGAACUUGGUAUAUUUACCUCCUUUCAUUUCCCAGAUUCCGGACUUAUCUAUUGAACGGUUUUGAUUUUUAUUUUGAUCUAUUUUGAAUGGUGUGACACUCAAAACCAGCAAUAUAUCAAGCAUGAGACGCAGUGUUUCAUCACCAGAUGAAACACUGAGAAGAGAGUUGGAAAUACGACUCGCAGCGGAGUAUUUUUGACGAACUUCGAGGAGUUUCAUCUGGCGAUGAAAUACUGUUUCGAAUGCUUGAUAUUACUUGUCAAAGAAAAUGAUUCUAGAAGAAGAAAUUAAGGAUUUCUCCACGAUUUCAACACUCAUUAAACAGUAAUUUCCUUUGCAUUUUCUUUUUGAAUUAUUAAUGCAUUUGAGAAAAGGAUAUCAACUGUCUGUCCGAUUUGAAAAAUGUACUCAGUAGUUUAGUUUUUAGCCCUAAUCCUCUAGCUAUAAUAUUCUCACUAGGUGGUAAAAUGCUUCUUUAUCCUAAAUAGCCCACUCCUUCUCGGAGGCCUUUAGCAAGCUAGGCGACGCAGAACAAGAGGAGGUGGAAAACUUUACAAAUAAUGGUAAAGUAUAAUGAAUUAAGUUAUCUUAUCUAAAUACAGCUGUAAAUAAGGCCCAGCUCAAACGUGGAACUUUUCAUGUAUCGAACCUAAUCCCUUCAAUUAAGUACAUGUGGGUCGACCAAUGAAUAGGCCACAAGGGAAUUUCGACUGCUGAGCGACUUCGUUUCAAACGUCGAAUUUUUCAUGUGCCGCGAACCUAAUGCAUAAAAUACUACGAUAAUGCAUAAAUUACUAUGAUUUAUUUUCAUUGGUAAAGCAUUUUAGACCAAUGUGCAUCGUGAAAAUGAGUGGGAGUGCGACAAAUUAAGUUCGACGUCUGAGUCAACCGUCGAAUUUAUGUCAGUUUCACUCUCACCUUCAACUUGAUCAGUUUCUCAAUGAUGGAUGUAAGUGGCGAUCCGCUCAAGGCAAACUAUAAAGUUAUUUUAAGUUCGUAGCCUACCUCUAAACGAGUAGUAACAAAGCCAUAGAUUUGUAGUUUCGUUUAAAAGAGGCCUCCCCGUGAAUGUGAGUCAUAGUGCUCUUUUUAGAAAUUAUUAGGCCCGGGUUCAAAUCCCGGCGUCAAAGCCACAUGUGGGUUUAGUUUGUUGUUGGUUCUCUCCCCAUGCUCCAAGAGGUUUUUCUCCAGGUACUCCGGUUUUCCUCUCUCCCACAAACCAACACUCCAAAAUUCCAAUUCGAUCUGGAAUGCAUGGACGUUUAAGCAAGUUCAUAGGAAGUCCUAAAUGCUUCGUGGGUAAACAAAUUACAAUUACAAAUUUUACAUGCCUUUGGUGGAGUUUCGUCAACUUGCAAGGCUUGUCAGAAAAUAAAUUUUCUUCAAACAGUACACACCAGUGGAAAACUGCCUGUCUGCCGGAAUGGAUUUUCCGAUUGGUAUUUUCUUGUUCAUUAACAUCGUAACACUAUCUAAAUGACCCGUUGAAACCCUGCAUCUCACCACACAUAUAUCCAAUUUCUUAUGUUCUCUAUAUUCUGUCUCAAAAACACAAAACUUAUUUCUCUAUCCUGAAGACUUGACCUUAAGCAAACUAUACUUUUAAUGUAUAGUGCACAUGUAUUACUUACUAUACCCGUGUUCACGUUUUUUUUGUACAGGCUUACACGUACCUCAAACUCUGGGCGAAGCAAUGAAAGUUGAAAAUGCGGAAGCUAAUUACGAGCAAACGUUUGAGAAUGUUUAUGGUAUGUCAGUUUAG